ACCCGCAACCCAAUCUUUCCUCUCACACAAAACAUCACGCCCCAGCAGCAUACCAAGAAAAAAACUAAAACAAAAAUAUAUUCCUUCUUCUUCUUCUUCUUCUGGGUCUCUGAUGUGGUAACGAUCGGAGAGAGAGAGAGAGAGUUCAUUGAUUCAUUAAGGGAUUUAAUUAUUCUUAUAUAUCAAUCGAUCGAAGCGUAAGGAACUGGAGAGAGAGGGCGUGAAUUGAAUUGUGUGGUGGUGGUGAUUCGAGCUCGACGAAAAGGGUUUUUUUUUGUCGAGAUUGGAUUUGAAUUGGUGUUGUUAUGGGUUUAGGCAACAAGGUUAACAAAUUCAAUUUCGGAGAUAAUGAUCAUCUCCCCGACGAAGAAGGAGAUGGUUUGGGCUCGGUUGCGUGUUCGAUUUGUCUCGAUACGGUCGUUAAAGACGGCGAUCGAGCCUGGGCUAAUCUCCAAUGUGGCCACCAGUUCCAUCUCGAUUGUAUUGGCUCAGCUUUCAAUGCAAAGGGGGUGAUGCAGUGCCCAAACUGCAGGAAAGUAGAGAAAGGCCAGUGGCUUUACGCUAACGGUUGCCGCUCACACUCUGAGUUCAAUGUCGAGGAUUGGGUUCAUGAAGAUGAGAUUUAUGAUCUCGGAAGCUACUCUGAAAUGGCUUUUGGAGUUCACUGGUGCCCAUUUGGAAGUUCAGCUCGUCUUCCUUUCGAGGAUGGAGACUUUUCGCCGAGUUCAUAUCACGAUCUCUUGAACCAGCAAGGUUACUUCACAGAACCAGCAGCCCCAACAGCGGGUCACCCAUGUCCAUACGUAACCUACAUUGGCCCGGUUCAUUCCUCUUCCUCAAGCUCCGGCGGUGCUGCAGGCGUUUCAGAUAGUCCAAGUUUCACUAGCCACUGGAACACCGGCUCAUCGGUCUCCAGUGAAGUCCCAGCUCCUUAUGGUUUCCCUGUGGAUCCCCACUAUCACGGCUGGGAGUAUCACUCACCUCCACCCCCACCGCCACAGCACUUCUCUCCUUCUGGCCCUCAUGUGGGCAGUCCAACACACCCCACGCCUCCACCAGCUGCUGUGAGAACUUCCCGAGCCAACGGUUCAGAUGUUAUCAGACCAAGACUGCCGCAGUUCAUGCGUCCAUCAUAUCAUGGUCACAGUUCUAGUGGUAGAGCAGGGAGCUCGGUGGCAUCUGUCCCAAGGACUCCACCUUUCCCGGGAAGCAACGUUCGGACCAGAGACAGAACACAAGCUCUUCAAGCCUAUUACCAACAGUCUACUGCACAGUCACACCAACCAGACUCACCUAUAGUCUCUCGUGGGCCUGUAUUCCCCUCUGGACGGAGGCCCAGUAGAGGAUCAACUUCAUCUUCUUCAGAUCAGGCAGGAGGGAGCGGGUUUCUCCGGUUUAACAUAUGGGAGAGAGAACCUUAUAUGCAACCACAACAAGCCUACCAAGUUAACCAGAUGGACAGAGAACCAUCCAUUUGGGCAUCUUCCUUCAAUGAAGGAUCAGGAAGCUUCCAUCAGAGGCAUGGAGGUGGAGGACCAUCGUGAGAGUUGAGUCAGUUGCCAUAGAAGGCAAUUCUCAUGAAACGUUGGAUCAAUGAAGAAAAAACAUUGGGAAGUUGAUAUUUGAUAAAACAUGAAAACAUUCACUGCAUGCUUGAAGUUAUGUGAUGAAUUGAUAAUAUAUGAACACAAAUGAAUGAGUAUGUAAUGGUUUGGAGAGAGACUGCUUCCCCUGUUUGUUGGUGACCGUGCGGUUAGAGCCGGUUUGGGUCUGGUCUGGAUCCGGCUAGCAAAUGGUCGUUGGUUAUUUGUUUUUCUUUGAUGUGGCUACACUGGGUAUCCAAGUGAAAUACCCUACUGCAACAUUUUUUCUUCUUCUUAUGUUAAAUCUUUUUUUAGUAAA